GCUACCGAGUGAAGUGCGUCUCUUUGGGGCAGAUACCGGCAGAGAAACGCAGCAACAAGAGAAAGGGAGAUAUUUCUAUACCUGGACCAUCCCCGAGCGCCGUGCAUCCCCUCCGGGACAUCAAAUUCCAUCCGAAAACUUGAUGCGGAAGCUGGGAUAAGGGGGGAAAAGAGCCACGCUGGGGAAGGCAGCUAGCCGAAUUACCAAACCGAGCUCGUUGGAGAAGCCCAGCUGCCUCCCAAGCGACGCUUUAAAAAAAGGAAGGAGCGGACACAUUUAGCACAAACAGUCUUGAAAAUGGACUAUGAUUUUAAAGUUAAGCUGACCGGCGAACGGGAGCGAGUCGAGGACCUGUUUGAGUACGAAGGAUGCAAAGUGGGAAGAGGCACCUACGGUCAUGUGUACAAGGCGAAGAGAAAAGAUGGGAAGGAUGAUAAGGACUACGCCCUCAAGCAGAUUGAAGGCACUGGCAUCUCUAUGUCCGCCUGCAGAGAGAUUGCACUGCUGCGAGAGCUGAAGCACCCCAACGUCAUCUCACUGCAGAAGGUUUUCUUAUCGCACGCAGACCGCAAAGUAUGGCUGCUGUUCGACUACGCCGAACACGAUCUCUGGCACAUUAUUAAGUUUCACAGAGCGUCCAAGGCCAACAAGAAGCCACUUCAGCUUCCCAGAGGAAUGGUCAAGUCUCUGCUCUACCAGAUCCUGGAUGGCAUCCAUUACCUCCACGCCAACUGGGUCCUGCACAGAGACCUUAAACCAGCUAAUAUUUUAGUGAUGGGGGAAGGACCAGAGAGGGGGAGAGUGAAGAUUGCGGAUAUGGGGUUUGCUCGUCUCUUCAAUUCACCACUGAAGCCUUUAGCCGAUCUCGACCCCGUGGUGGUCACUUUCUGGUACAGAGCACCUGAACUGCUGCUGGGGGCUCGGCACUACACCAAAGCCAUCGACAUCUGGGCGAUUGGCUGCAUAUUUGCGGAGCUGCUGACGUCUGAGCCCAUAUUCCACUGUCGUCAGGAGGACAUCAAGACCAGUAAUCCUUACCACCACGACCAACUGGACCGCAUCUUUAAUGUCAUGGGCUUUCCUGCAGAUAAAGACUGGGAGGACAUCAAAAAGAUGCCAGAACACUCCACGCUGAUGAAAGACUUUAGAAGGAACACAUACACAAACUGCAGCCUAAUAAAGUACAUGGAAAAACAUAAAGUUAAACCAGACAGCAAAGCAUUCCACUUGCUGCAAAAGCUUUUGACCAUGGACCCCAUCCGUAGAAUCACAUCUGAGCAGGCCAUGCAGGACCCCUACUUUUUAGAGGAGCCCCUACCAACCUCUGAUGUGUUUGCAGGCUGUCAGAUUCCCUACCCCAAGAGAGAGUUCCUGACGGAGGAGGAGCCAGAGGACAAGGCAGACAAGAAGAACCAGCAGCAGCAGCAGGGAAACAACCACACAAAUGGGGCGGGACACACUGGCAACCCCGACAACAGCCACGCCCAGGGCCCACCCCUGAAGAAAGUGCGAGUUGUCCCGCCCACCACUACCUCAGGUGGCCUCAUUAUGACCUCAGACUACCAGCGAUCCAAUCCACAUGCUGCCUACCAGAACCCUGGACCAAGCACAUCACUGCCCCAAAGCAGCAUGGGAUACUCCUCUACCUCCCAACAGCCACCCCAGUACUCCCACCAGACCCACCGCUACUGAUUCGCCACCACCCCACGCAUACAUUCACACUCAAAAAUGUACACACACCUGGCCCUCACCACGCCUACCUGAACGAAUGUACUGAGGAAUGUGGGGAUUCUCGGAGGCCGCAGACCUCAACACCGCCCAGCCCCGCCCCACUCUUGGCACCUUUCUCUGCAGCAGUCUGUUAGGCCACAAAGACAACCGUCUUUACUUGUUCCGGAUAAUACAGCGUAACCCCCUUUUUCUUUUUUUUAUCCAGAAAUGUCACUGUAGAGAAAAAUGUGAUAGGUGAAACAUAAGGUGGGAGGAUGAGAAGAAAGGAUACUGUGAUCAAAUCCAACCUGCUUCUGUAACUCAGACAUAAUCAAACCGGGCCGAGAGGAGAUGGCGGCUCAGUUCAGAGGACACAAGUUAAUCUCUGGCGCCGUCUCCCCCCCCUCUUCUCCUUCGCCUGUCUCUUCCACGUACACGUCUACCCCAGCCAGUUGCCCUCUUCCCGUCAAAGUUUGGAUGAGACUGAAAGCUGCUAUGUGACUGCCAGCGUCGACAGAUUUCCUGUCAGUCUGUCCUCCUGUCUGUCUAUCUGUCUGUCUGUCCAUUUUUAUUGUGUGUGCGGCCCUAUGAGGGCCUCAGCUGAGGGCUGGAUUGAGCUGCUGUGAAGCAUGCUGGGAGGAUGUGGAGCCCCCGCAGCUGUGGUGUUAUGGGUUUCUUCUUUUUUCUUUUCUUCUUUAUUUUUUUUUUUUGUUCAGACGGGACAAAAAAGUGACAAAAAGAUUUAAGUAGUUUAUAAUUUAAUCUGUUUUCAUGGUUUUGUUUCAUGGCGAGAGUGGCGAAGCAGCUCGGGCCAACGGAGCCCCACACGCUGUAUGCUGUGAGUAAGCCUUACAAACAUGAUGACAAAACCAACCAAUCGCAUGGCGGAUGGCAGACGGAACAUGCAUUGUACUGUAUUGAAAUAUUUUACAUGACGCACGUAUCCUGACAAUAAAAAUGGGAACAUGCAGA